AUGAAAUUCAUGAUCUCAGCGGCCAGUCUAGAGUCAUAUGUCAUUAUAUUGACUGAGAGAGGGGGCAGCGUUGCAAUGAUGAUGAGAGAGGCAGAGAGUGAACUGAAUGCAGAUACAUCAGCCGGCAGAAGGAAUAACACCUCACUGCAAGACACAGUGACUAUCACCGCGGCUGUGAGAGAAGCAGAAGAAGAAGAAGAAGAAGAAAAUGUGAUAAUGAGGGUAAUGCUUCUGCAGCUCAUUGAUGUCACUGUCUCUGUCUUCAACCUGACUUUCUUGACAGUUAUGAAGACCGCUGCCACACCAUGA